AUUUCCUAAAAAUGAAAGUGUUGGUGGAAUCUGUACUGCAAAAAUUAGAAACGAGUAUGAGGCUCGAAGAUCUCCCCUUGUAUCUGAAGAACGCUGAGAAGACAAUAGAAAUUAUUACAAAGACAAAAUGGAAGGGCCAUACACCGUUUCUGUCACCCUCAUUGCGCCUCUACGACGACUUGUGUUCGCCUCCUGGAACAUCUGGCGAUGGAUCGACAACGACGCACGAUCUUGCUGUGUUUGGAGGUUUCUGUAGCCAGAAUCGCAACGACUUCGGUGUCACCAUUGCGAGCCCAAAGAGAUCUAAGAGCGUAU